UCAUAAUAUUAAAUUCAAAUAUAGAGGGAACAAAAUUAACGCCUUUUUAAUUAAUCAUACUUUGUUAACCAAACAAAAUGAGGGUGUUAUUGUGUUUCUUGACGAUCUGUUUACCCCUACUUUUGGCUCAACCCGUCAACUUACGAAAGGAAGAAGACGAAAACGAAGUGGAAGCUUCCGUCUCCGGCGAAGACACUUUAUACAACGAGCUUAUGCACUUAGGAUCGUCUAUUUUUGGAACACCAGACAAGAAAACUGGAGAAGCGGUUUCUACUUGGAAAGAAAGUAGUGCACUGAAUCCAGAAGAGCUUGGUGAAUAUGCCGAAGGAGAUAUUUUACACCCUACGGGACAAGGUCGCAAUGGACUAAAGGCUACUUCAUCCAGAUGGCCCAAAGGAGUCAUACCAUAUGAAAUCAGUCCUUACUUUUCUUCUGCUGAUCGGCAAAUGAUUAUGAGUGCAAUUGAAGAUUAUAAAAAAAACACUUGUUUAAGGUUUACUCCAAGAACUUCUCACGAUGCCGAUUAUGUUUACUUUACCAACGGCAAUACUGGAUGUUGGUCAUCUGUGGGUAGAAUUGGCGGUAGACAAGAAGUUAACCUGCAGAGCCCAGGCUGUUUAACCAAAAAGGGAACAGUCAUGCAUGAAAUGCUUCAUGCCGCUGGAUUUAUGCACGAACAAAAUAGACCAGAUAGAGAUAGCUACGUCACAGUCAAUUUCAAUAACAUUCAAUCUGGGCGAGAGAAUAACUUUGAUAAAGCUCAAAGUGCAAUGAUUGACGACCAAGGAGUUGGUUACGAUUACCGCAGUGUUAUGCAUUACUCAGCUAAUGCUUUUUCUAGAAACGGUCAACCAACUAUUGAUGCUAAGACUCGAGGAGUGAUAAUGGGUCAAAGGGAAGGUCUUAGCAGAAAAGAUAUUCAAAAGAUUCAGAAAAUGUACAAGUGUAAAUCAAAGAGAAAGUCUUCAUCAUCCAGUGAUGACUAAUUAGGAAAUUAUAUUUUAAAUAAUAAACAAUUUUAAAUGCUAAAUUUUUUUACAUUUUUAUUAAAAUUAUAUUUUGCGUGAUCCUACAAAAAAAAUAUAGAAUUGAUCUUUGUAAUGACACGCUAAAAUAUACAAAACAUUACAACAUUAAAAUAAAUAUUAAAAAAUAAUAAAAUUUGGGAUAAAUUAUUUAGAAUUACAUAUGAUAUUACAAUUACAUAUUUUUAUCUGUAAUAUAAUUAAAGUUUUGGGGAGAGGAUGUCACACGCACUUAAAAAUAUUUUAACAACUAAUUUUGAGAUUUUUCAAUAUAUGAAGUUGCAAUAAAAACAAAAAUUAAAAAAAGGUCACGGAAUAAAAAUAAAUUAUCAAUAAAUGUCAAAGAAAUUUGUUUUAUACACGUUCCAUAUUUUUAGGCCUUGAUUGUUAUUAAAAAAAACCCAGCACAGUUGGGUGGCGGCAAAGUGGAGACGUGGCAUAGUUGGGUCCAGUGUAGAUGAUAUCUGACAAUCAUUAAAAUCACUAUAAUAAAACACGCUUAGAUGCAAAUCUGUAGAUAGUUUUUAAUUUUAAAAAAUUGGUGGAUUAGUCCGAAAGCUACCUAUU